AUGUCAGAUCAAAUAUGUAAGGAGUUGUGUGAGUACAAGAGAGAUAAUCUUGCAAGCACACAAAAAGACUUGCAAAGAUGGCUUGAGGGAAAAUUUCAGUUGAAAGUUAGUCAAGGAACAAUAUCAAACACACUUAAACGGUCAAAUGACUAUCUCUCUGCUAAAAUAGAAAAUGGAAGAGCAGAGAUCAAAAGACACAAACCAACAAAAUUUCCUGACAUGGAGAAGGUUGUUUAUGAAUGGUUUCUCCAGCAUCAAGAACGUGUGAAUAUCACAGGAGAAUUAAUUUUGCAGAAGGCAAGAGAUACAAUGAAACUCGUGUAUAUGGCAUAA